GCCCAAAAAUCAAACACGGAAAUAGCAAAAAGGAAGAAAAAGGUGAAGAGAGAGAAACUCCAACGCAACACAAACCAAGCGGCACCAAUGGCCACCACCACAUCCCUCCGCUCCCACCUCCUCAUCCUCCCACCGCAACCGGCGCUCGCCGCCGCCUCCCUCCGUAUCCGCCCCCAUGCCGAGACGCUCUCUUUGUCCUCCCGUAGGCUCCUGAGGCGUAACGCUGGCCUCGCGGCACGGGCAACGCCGACCGGCGGCGCGGCGGCCCCGGCGGCGGAGAAGGAUGAGGAUAAGGGCGGCGGCGGCGGGCUCUCGGCGGCCGACGCAGGGCGGCUAAAGGAAUUCCUGAGGGUCGACCUGCCGCACCUGUUCGACGACGUCGGCAUCGACCGCGCCGCGUACGACGACCGCGUGCGGUUCCGCGACCCCAUCACCCGCCACGACACCAUCGACGGCUACCUCUUCAACAUCCGCCUCCUCAAGCUCCUCUUCCGCCCCGACUUCUACCUCCACAGCGUCAAGCAGACAGGGCCGUACGAGAUUACAACGAGGUGGACCAUGGUUAUGAAGUUUAUGCUCCUGCCCUGGAAGCCGGAGCUGGUCUUCACCGGCCUGUCGAUCAUGGGCGUCAACCCGCAGAAUCUCAAGUUCAACAGCCAUGUGGACAUUUGGGAUUCAAUACAAAAUAAUGAAUACUUUUCAUUUGAGGGAUUAUGGAAUGUUUUCAAGCAGCUACGGAUCUACAAGACCCCAGACAGAGAAACACCAAAUUACCUUAUUCUGAAGAGGACUGCAAACUAUGAGGUUAGGAGUUAUGCACCAUUCUUAAUAGUUGAAUCAAAAGGAGAUAAACUAACAGGUUCAUCAGGCUUUAAUAAUGUAACCGGGUAUAUAUUUGGCAAGAAUGCUUCAUCUGAAAAGAUCCCGAUGACUACACCUGUCUUCACUCAGUCUUCUGAUAACAAACUCUCAGAUGUAUCCAUCCAGAUAGUCCUGCCGAUGAACAAAGACCUGAAUAGUUUACCAGCUCCAAAUACGAAAGAAGUUACUUUGCGAAAGGUCGAAAGAGGCAUUGCUGCAGUGAAAAAAUUCAGUGGAAGACCAAAUGAGGAAAUUGUCCUCCAGAAGGAGAAGGAUCUGCGCUCGCAGUUACUCAAAGAUGGAUUGAAGCCUCAACAAGGCUGUUUGCUUGCACGCUACAAUGAUCCCAGGACACAAAGCUUCUUAAUGAGGAACGAGGUGUUGAUAUGGCUAGACGACUUCAGACUGGAGUAGCAGUCUUCACUGUCUGCAAAGCUUCCAGAGCAUCAUAGAAAGGUCUUGGUUUCAAUGCAGAACAAAUCAUGUAGAUGGGCGGAUGAGUUAAUGUAAUAUGUAAAUUCUGAAAGGUGAUAUAGCAUGGGAAAGCAUUAGGCCAUUUGAGUAUGUUUAUAUACCAAAAUUUUGAAAUUACGAAAAAGCUUGUCAGAACGAAGUACCCCUGAAAUUCUCUUGA